CCAAAACCUAAGCAAGCCGGCGUUUCUGACACGAGAUGGGAAUCCUCAUUCACAUACCGUCCUACAUCCUGAUUGUCGAAUUUGCCGUGGCCGCAAUCGCAAGACUUACAAACGCUCUCCCACUAUUACAUGCACGUACCUAUCGCAAGUCCAGGCUGACGGCGCCAUUUCUGUACCCUAUUGUUCCGUUUCAAGAUGACGUCCCAAAACACAUGCGAUACGUGGGAGCAUGGAUGCUCUUGACCAGCAUCAUGCUGGCAUGCCCGGCGACACGAGGCAGUAUAGUCACUCUAGGACUGGUAUUGUUCUGGACAGCCACUGGGGCUUGGAGCCAGGCCCGUCUCGGGAUGACAUGUCGAGUUCCGAUUAUGAAUACUUGCCUGGCAAUUUGCGUAUACCUAACAGAAAGAGAGGGCCCGAAAAGAACCCUCAGUUUCCUACAACUUCCUUCUUGCACACAAAUGCCAGUCGCUUGGUACCCAUCAAUAAUCUACCAAAACAUAAGCAGCGCAAUCAUGGUCACCACACGCUCUUCAGACGUCCGGGACAAAGCUCAAGAUACCAAGGAGGGACUCGAGGGAGAAGAGUCCCCCGUCGUGGGAGAGAAGCACGACUUGGAACACAAGAAGCCAGCCUCACUCUCGGCCAAACGAGCUAAAACCACAACCAAAUCUAGCAAAUCUCACCAGCCAAAGGUGGAGGAAGAGCCCCCAGAAUCGCAAAGGACGGAUGGGGCUAGGCAGCCAGAGAAGGACGGGACUUCGGAACCUGGUACACAAGAGGAUACCAAGGCGGAGCAAUCAGCCACUGCGACAGCUGAGAAGCCGCACCAAGACCCCGACGUCCCUUCCAAUAUACUUGAGAAGGGCAUUGUCUACGUUUUCUUCCGUCCCCGUGUCAAUAUCACAGACCCGGAAUCGGUCGAAGAUGUGGCGCGCACCUACCUUCUUCUCAGACCCAUUGCGCCGGAUGCGCGACUAGGCGAGGGACCCAUCGGGGAUCACGGCAACAGCCGCCUCUUCGUCGUUCCCAAAAAAGCGCUCCCGAAAUCUGCUGGGGAACGACUCAUGGUCUUCGUCGACAUGGCCCAGGUUUCGUUCCAACAGCUCAAGGAUGACUUUCUGAAGGGCACCGAGUACGAGACCAAGACGAGGGGUACUAGUCAUGUCCCUCCUGCCACGCCCGCAGCGGAGGGUGUAUACGCUAUUACAAGUACGGGCCGGGAAAGUCACCUAGUCUAUAUGCUGACUCUGCCCGAGGAGUUGGGUGAGGUUCAAGAAGAGCUGGGUCUCAAGAAAGAAGGGAGUUUCAUCGUCAGCACAAAGAAUCCAUCGUAUCCGGGCCCGGCAAAUGCGCAACUGCCGAAGAAGCCUGAGUUCUCCCAAGGAAUAAUGGAUGAAUUUGCGAAAAAGCGCUGGAUCCCCUCUAAGCCAGCUCAUUUUGACUUUGUAAACGCUCAGCUGCUUUUGGUCGGCGAGCAUGGCGUGGAAAAGGCCACGGAGCCCCAGAAAGAUGAUGAGGCGGACGGUAAGGAAGAGCCGAAGGAAGUACUUGAGGAGUUUGAAGAUGAGGAUGUGAAGCGCAUGGAAGGCCUCGGGGCAGAUAUUUCAAAGGCCAUCUUCGCGGACUUGAAGGCUCGAGCGGAGGAAUACCCCAAACUAAAAACGACUUUUUAAGGUGAGAAGUGAGUUGAGGAUGGCAUCUGGUAAUAAGGAG